UUACGCCGUUAACUUAAUGCAUUUCUUUAUCGCGGCUUGGAAAGGCAGAGGCUAUUUGUCUUGCCGGCCUUUUCAAAUAUCUUUGCCUUUUAUUUUAUGCAGCAUUCUUAACGCUCUUGAUUCACAAAAAUCAUAGAUUUGCAAGAAUAUUGCAGAAUCGAGAUUUUAGACCGUCGUGACCAUUUGAACAUCGUAAACCGGUUACGUUAUUACCUCAAGGCAGGCUUGAGAAUCCACCCGGAUUCAACUCAGCGCAGACAUGGAUCAAAACGACUCGACGUUUGGAGUGCAGCUCUUUAUUUAUGAUUUGUCGAGGGGGAUGGCACGACAACUCAGCCCGAUAAUGUUAGGGAAACAGCUAGAUGGGAUUUGGCACACAUCUGUAGUGGUGUAUGGAGAAGAAUUCUUCUACGGUGGUGCUGGGAUCUCUAGUUGCCCACCGGGCGGGACGAUGCUUGGACCUCCAGAUACAGUGGUUGAGUUAGGUAAUACAGAGGUGACGGAAGAGAUAUUUAUGGACUAUUUGUCCUCUCUUGGAGAGACAACAUACAGUGGGGACAAGUACAGAUUGUUUGAACACAAUUGUAACACAUUCACUAAUGAGGUGGCCCAGUUUCUGACUGGCAAUAAAAUUCCCACCUAUAUCACAGAUCUGCCCUCCGAGGUGCUAUCCACGCCAUUUGGCCAGGUGCUGCGGCCAAUCCUGGACUCGAUACACAUUGCCCCUCCCGGUGGGAACGUGAUAAGCAGCCAAAAGAAUCAUAGUUAGAUCAUCUUUUGAUCACACACACGCAACAAUUCACACACACAUGUUGUUUAUACACACACAUUUGGCCUGUUGUAAAUGAAGGUUGGCUCAGAAACCUCAUUAAUAGAGAAUUACAUUAUGCAUUUGGUGUACACUUUCAUCCAAAGCUAUACAUUCUAUCAGUUUGUGUAUUCCAUGGGGAUCAAACCUACGACUUUGGCAUUGCUAGUGCCAUACUCUACCAGCCGAUCUUCACCAACAUAAAUUACAAUGUUGACAAAUAUUUACAUUGUAUAUACAAAUAUUUAUACAUCAUGAGAGUAUUCCUUAAUGAAUAAAAUCCAAUAUGUACUGUAUCUAAACAUUCAUAGUUGAUCAAAUAUUCUAAGACAUUCCUGUUUUGUUUAAAAUGUGUUUUAUGCACAAGCCUAUGGGUCACCCUUCCAAACCACUGAUGGUGCAUAUUUUUGCAGUAUUGACUUCUCAGUUUCCAUGGUUUUUAUUUUAUUGUGUGUCUUUUUUUGCAUCUCUACAGCCCACCACAUGCAAAGGUCAGUUGUUGUAGUUUUCAGUUGACUUUCAAUGACAAUUCAACUUUUUCCCCUCUUGUUUUGAUUCCCCUUAAAUCAUGCUUUAUUAAUGUUGUUUUUCCCCAACAACCUGCAUUUAUUUAUAUGUAUUAAUAGUGUCAAGCCAAAAGAAGACUAAUAAUUUAAUUUUUAACAUCUAAUGUUUAUUUAUUUGAACUAAAUGACUUAAUUAAUAACAAAAAAGCACAUAUGUUCUAUGUGGCUGUCUUGCAUAAUAUUUUGCUGUGAAAUACUUAUUGAACAUGAUUGAAAUGAUUGUCGGAUUCCCAGAUUAGCACUCUUUCAGAUGACUGAUACAUUUGCCCUAAAUAUCCAGAGAAAUGUACAUAUCUGUGCCUUUAUCAUGCUAGUUUGGGCACAGGAAACAUUUUUAUCAUAACUCUGUCGAGUAAAAUUAAUCUGUGGAUGUCCUCCUCCCUUCUGUAUUUAUCCAGCUGAAUGCUAUUACAGUAUAUACACUUUAUGAAACAAAUACAGUUUUUAUUAGUGUGAAAGGAAGGUUUGCUGCUUCUGUCAAGAUAUUAUAUUAUAUUUUGGAUGGACGUGUUGCUUUGCUAUUGAUAUUUAUUAACAUACUCCUUAUUUCAAUCUGUUUAUUUGGCACAAGUGAAAAUGUUUGUAUGUUGUGUGUAUGUUUCAUUCAGAGAGUAUUGUUUUGUUGGUUUCAUGUUGUACCUGCUCAUUUUAUUGUUGCAAUCCCUCGUCUGCACUGAAUUAUUUUUAAACUUAUAUUUUAAUGGAAGUCUUCUCAUUAAAGAUAACCAGCAUUAAAC